UCUACAUCCAUCCCUGAAUGUCGUCGGGUACUGUUCACUUCCCCGCCAUUCUUGUAACCGUCACCUGUAAUCCGCGCAGGUGUGUCCGCACCCCCCUGAGGGGACGAGAAAGAAAGGAUUUAUCGGAGAAGAUGAACUUCCAGACCCAGGAGUCAACUUUCCCGUAUGAGCAUUCGAUAGGUCGUCUGAGGGUUCGCCGCGGUUCAUUGCUGUGCUUACACACUAGGCUACCCUUCUCCGAAAGCUCCGCGGGACCACCUACCACUAGUCUUCGGCCGGAGGGGUUUAUCGCACAAACGCCGGGACGCAGGCUCCCUAAGAGGGAAGCCCAACGAAUGUCAGAUGCAAAGCCCCGCACCUCAUUAAGAUCAUAUUGGCAUACUCUCCCAAAAAAAAAAGAGCAGACCCCAUUGAAGACGAGAGUGAGGUACAACAAGGCCAUUUCUGUCCACCGCCCUUCUCACGGAGCCGUACGUGGACGUUACCGCUCAUACAGCUCCCAGCCGGCAAGAGUUAGCCUUCCUCUACAAAGAAUGGAAGUAUGGAUGAAUCGAAUCAAAUAUAGGAAUUCGGUUUUUCUUUUCAGCAAUAAUCAGAAGCAUCCAGCAGCGCCACGCCGGGUAUAAAAAACGUUAUAUGAGGAUAACUUUUAUCCUCCCGCCCCCCGAGCCAUUCGCUUUAGACGUUGAUUCUGCUGUUCCAGGGCAUCGAUUCGCGCCUGCAUAGACGCUAUCUCCGCAUCCUGGCGGGCCGACUCUCGCCUUUGGUUUAUGCUUUCUAGUUCAGAGAUCCAUUUAUUUAUCAUACGAUAUUUAGUAAGGCUAGGUUCAAUAGAAAGAAUCCUUUUAUUCAUAGUAGCCGGGAAAACUCUUUCAAUCAAGCAAGUAAGCCAAGCAAGAUUGUCUCAGGAGUAGUAGCAUUAGGAUUGGGAGAUUGAAAGCUAGCUCCUGGGAGAAGGAAUAGUACACAGAGGGAAUGCUCUCUUUUCUACGCUACUUUCUUUCUUCUCCUACGAGAUUUCUAGUUAGAGAGAAAGAUCCUUCCAUGGCCAGAGACAGGAGACAGGCAUUCCUACUUUCACUCGAGCAGCGGAUAUGAGACCAGUAAGAGCGGAUUCAAGACUUCAACCUGAAGCUUGGCACCUUUGCUUUGUACUCACACUCGCACUGACCGAUAGUAUGAAUAAGAAAGUCCCUUUAACUAGCCAUAGGCUAUCCUAUGAACGAUCUCUAUAAUAGGAGCACCCUCACUCACAGGGGAUUCUAAAAGAUAGAGAUCUAUCAAUAUGGUCACAGCUUGAUCCCACCGGUCCCACUCGUUAUUCGCCCAGCGAUUGGGUCGCUCUCUCCCGAUAGCCCUAUUUUGCCAACUAAGGCUAUUUCUGGUCUGAAUGUGACCAUACCCAUGGGAUGGUUUUCAAAUGGGAUUUUCUUUAGUGAAAUCUGCCUUCUCGUUGAUUUGUAGCUCGAUCAUAGGGAGAAGUUCGGGGAUCUUGAGCGACAGCGAAAGUUUACUUGUACCUCUCCUUAACAGUCGAGUAAUGACCAGCUUCACUAUUUUUCCGGCAGGAUGGAAGACUUAGAACGGAAUAGCAUCCCUUAGCGCUAAGCUUUAUAGGGGCUUCCCUCUUCCUAUUGGUCACAAGAGGGUAUAGUUUGAUUGAUUUUAUUCUCCAGCUCCAGCACCUGCACGUAUAGUAUUUCUAUCUUACCAUUACAGCGUAUAGUAUUAGAUAGAGAGGGAAUUCUUUCUCUCUAGGGCAAAGCCUAGAAUGGCAUACAUA